GACAAGAACAAAACACGUCGUGGAUGUUUGAGGAGGAGGGCACCCGGGCGCUGUGGAAGUCUGCGUACGCCCUUCUCACAAAGGCAUUGCCUCCAUCAGAGUUAUGGACGGAGGAGCAGUUCGAUUUGCAUUUGGGAAUGUUCAACAUUAAUAACAUCGCAGGUGGAGUUUACCUCGCACAGUCCCACCUCAACCACUCCUGCGCACCAAACACCAAAAUUGGGAACCCACUGCAAUACACGAACUACAAGAUCUCGGUGAAUGCGAUCACGGAUAUCACGGAAGGGGAGGAAGUUACGAUUACGUAUACGAACCCGAAUAUGGAUAAGGAGAGACGACGGGAUUUGUUGAGGAAGGAGUAUGGGUUCGUUUGUGACUGUGUUAGGUGUGUGAAGGGAGAGGAGGCGGUCAAGGAGGAUGUGAAAAAGGCGUUGAAGAUUGAGCAAUAGAUAUCAUGACCCUGGGAGGCA